ACCAAGAAGGAGCCGAUGUCCAUGUUCCAGGUGAACGGGGAGAAGAAGGAGAAGAAAAGCAAGAAGAAAGCCACCACCGGCAGCGAUGAGGAGGACGAUUCUGACUCCAGCACCAAACCCAUCAGGUCGGAGAAGAAGAAAAACCCGGCGUCCCUCUUCCAGACCGGCGGGGACCCCCCCAAGGAGAAGAAAACCAAAAAGAAAGCUCCUCCCAAAGCGGCCGAGAGCGAGGAGGAGACCCCGGAGACCCCACAGAAAAACUCCAACAAGAAGGGGAAAGGGAAGAAAUCAAAGAAGCCAAAGGAGGAGAGGCCCCCGUCACCCGUCAUCGAGGUGGACAACCUGGAGGAGUUUGUGCUGCGGCCGGCGCCGCAGGGGGUGACCAUCAAGUGCCGGGUGACGCGGGACAAGAAGGGGAUGGACCGGGGGCUUUACCCCACCUAUUACCUCCACUUGGAUAACGACAAGAAGGUGUUCCUCCUCGCCGGGAGGAAGCGUAAGAAGAGCAAAACCUCCAACUACCUCAUCUCCAUCGACCCCACCGACCUGUCACGGGGGGGAGAGAACUUCAUCGGGAAGCUAAGAUCCAACCUGAUGGGUACGAAGUUCACGGUGUUCGACAACGGCACGAACCCCGACAGGGCCAACGCCGACUGGUCCAACGUGCGGCAGGAGCUCUCGGCCGUGGUCUACGAGACCAAUGUUUUAGGGUUCAAAGGCCCCCGGAAGAUGACGGUCAUCAUCCCCGGGAUGAACGCUGACAAUGAGAGGGUGCCCAUCCGGCCCCGAAACGAUAAUGACGGCCUCCUGAUGCGAUGGCAGAACAAAAACAUGGACAACGUGAUCGAGCUGCACAACAAGGCACCGGUGUGGAACGACGAGACCCAGUCCUACGUCCUCAACUUCCACGGCCGGGUCACCCAUGCCUCUGUUAAAAACUUCCAGAUCGUGCACGGCAGCGACCCCGACUACAUCGUGAUGCAGUUUGGACGCGUGGCGGAUGACGCCUUCACCAUGGACUACAACUACCCGCUCUGCGCCGUGCAGGCCUUCGCCAUCGCCCUCUCCAGCUUUGAUGGGAAGCUGGCCUGCGAGUAG